ACUUGGCUGAGCCAUUCAGAACCUUUUCAAUGUAUAAAAUGGAAUAUUCUUACCUCAAUUCCUCUGCCUACGAGUCCUGUAUGGCUGGGAUGGACACCUCGAGCCUGGCUUCAGCCUAUGCUGACUUCAGUUCCUGCAGUCAGGCCAGUGGCUUCCAGUAUAACCCGAUAAGGACCACUUUUGGGGCCACGUCCGGCUGCCCGUCCCUCACGCCGGGAUCCUGCAGCCUCGGCACCCUCAGGGACCACCAGAGCAGUCCGUACGCCGCAGUUCCGUACAAACUCUUCACUGACCACGGCGGCCUCAACGAGAAGCGCAAGCAGCGGCGCAUCCGCACCACUUUCACGAGUGCGCAGCUCAAAGAGCUCGAGAGGGUCUUCGCGGAGACGCACUACCCUGACAUCUACACCCGGGAGGAGCUGGCCCUGAAGAUCGACCUCACUGAGGCGCGAGUCCAGGUGUGGUUCCAGAACCGCCGCGCCAAGUUUCGCAAGCAGGAGCGCGCAGCAGCGGCCGCGGCAGCAGCGGCCAAGAACGGCUCCUCGGGCAAGAAGUCCGAUUCGUCCCGGGACGACGAGAGCAAAGAGGCCAAGAGCACUGACCCGGACAGCACUGGGGGUCCGGGCCCCAACCCCAACCCCACUCCCAGCUGCGGGGCAAGUGGCGGCGGCGGAGGCGGGCCCAGCCCCGCAGGAGCCCCCGGGGCGGCGGGGCCCGGGGGCCCGGGAGGCGAGCCCGGCAAGGGCAGCGCGGCGGCGGCCGGGGGCCCCGGACAAGGCUGGGCUCCCGGCCCCGGCCCCAUCACCUCCAUCCCGGAUUCACUCGGGGGGCCCUUCGCCAGCGUCCUAUCUUCGCUCCAAAGACCCAACGGUGCCAAAGCCGCCUUAGUGAAGAGCAGUAUGUUCUGAUCGGGAACC